CACCGCCCAUAAGACGAGCCUUCGUCCCGCCGGAAGUGCCAUUUUUUUAAUAGGAUGGCGGUGCUUUUGGAGGCCAGUUUUGUGUGUUGUCCGGUUUGAGGUAGUGGCCCGUGGAGGGUCGGGAAAGAGGAUGAAUUAUAUGCCCGGGACCGCCAGCCUCAUAGAGGAUAUAGACAAAAAACACUUGGUCUUGCUGAGGGAUGGAAGGACCCUUAUAGGUUAUCUAAGAAGCAUUGACCAGUUUGCCAAUCUGGUGCUGCAUCAGACUGUGGAGAGAAUCCAUGUUGGGAAGAAAUAUGGUGAUAUACCACGAGGAAUUUUUGUUGUGCGCGGGGAGAAUGUGGUGCUGCUCGGUGAGAUUGACCUGGAGAAAGAAAGUGACACCCCUCUCCUUCAGGUCUCCAUAGAAGAAAUCCUGGAAGAUCAGCGCGUCGAGCAGCAGAGCAAAAAUGAAGCAGAGAAGCUGAAGGUGCAAGCCCUGAAGGAGCGGGGCCUGUCGAUCCCCAGAGCUGACACUCUGGAUGAAUACUGACAUUUUACCAUGGACAGUCUGAUGCUGAAUGUUCUCCAAAGCGCAAUAGUUAAUGUUCAAAAGUGAAAAAUUUAUUUUUUUUUGUUUUCAGUUGGUUUGGACUAACCUAUUGCAGCACACUGUAAAAUAUCCAUUUAGUUUGGUUAAAAUCAUUGCUUAGAAAUGGCUAAGCUCUAAACUCAAUAGCACUUAUGUUGAAGAACUGCUCUGCAAUUUUGUUAUGGGGAAAGAAAGCCCAUUAAAGAUUUCCUUUGUCAGUGCUUUAUUUUUU